AUGGGGGACUGGAAUCUGUUGGGCAGCAUCCUUGAAGAAGUGCACAUCCACUCCACCAUCGUCGGCAAAAUCUGGCUCACGAUCCUGUUCAUUUUCCGCAUGCUGGUGCUGGGGGUGGCCGCCGAGGACGUGUGGGACGACGAGCAGUCUGAGUUCAUCUGCAACACGGAGCAGCCCGGCUGCAGCAACGUCUGCUACGACCAGGCCUUCCCCAUCUCGCUCAUCAGAUACUGGGUGCUGCAGAUCAUCUUCGUCUCCUCUCCGUCGCUCGUCUACAUGUGCCACGCGCUCUACAGGCUGCGGGCUCUUGAGAAGGAGCGGCAGAAGAAGAAGGCCCAGCUGAGGGCCCAGCUGGAAGACCUGGAGCCGCUCCAUGAGGAGUACCGGAGGGUGGAGAGGGAACUGCGGAAGCUCGAGGAGCAGAAGAAAGUGAACAAAGCCCCCCUGAGGGGGUCCCUGCUGCGCACCUACGUCCUGCACAUCCUGACCCGCUCAGUGGUUGAGGUGGGCUUUAUGAUAGGUCAGUAUCUUUUGUAUGGCUUUCACAUGUCGCCCCUUUACAAGUGCACUCGUCCCCCCUGCCCUAACACGGUGGAUUGUUUUGUGUCCCGACCCACAGAGAAGACCAUCUUCAUGGUCUUCAUGAACAGCAUCGCCGCCGUCUCGCUGCUCCUCAACGUGCUGGAAAUCGCCCACCUGGGCGGCAAGAGGCUGCGCAAGUCGCUGCAGAACUCGGUCACAGCUGAGUGA